AUGAGCUGGAUGCUGCUCAGAGACCUCCUAAGUGGAGCAAAUAAAUACUCGACCGGGAUCGGGCGGAUCUGGCUGGCUGUGGUGUUCACCUUCCGCCUGCUGGUCUACAUGGUGGCAGCAGAGCACGUGUGGAAAGACGAGCAGAAAGAGUUUGAGUGCAACGUUAGACAGCCUGGUUGUGAAAAUGUGUGUUUUGACUACUUCUUCCCCAUCUCCCAGGUCAGGCUUUGGGCCUUACAGCUGAUCAUGGUCUCCACACCGUCACUGCUGGUGGUUCUGCACGUCGCCUACCGCGAGGGCAGAGAGAAGAGACACAGGAAGAAACUCUCCGUGAGCCUGGGAACGAUGGACGGGGGCCUGUGGUACACUUACCUCACCAGCCUCAUUGUUAAAAUCGGUUUUGAAAUUGGCUUCCUGGUCUUAUUUUACAAGCUGUAUGACGGCUUCAGGGUCCCGGACCUGAUGAAGUGUGCUGUGGAGCCUUGUCCCAACACUGUGGACUGCUUCACGUCCAAGCCCACCGAGAAAACCAUCUUCACCCUCUUCAUGGUGACUACCUCAUGCCUGUGCACUGUGUUGAAUUUCAUCGAACUGAGCUUUCUGUUUCUCAAGUGCCUGCUUAAGUGCUGUCUCCAAAAAUACUGUAAAAGACUCAAGCCCUCAGUGUGUGAGUGCCCCCCUCUCAGAUAUGCUGAACGUGGUGAGGCUGGGGCCCCUCGGCUACUCCAGGGUCACCAUUCAGCCUCCGCCAUAAGCACACCCCAGUGA